AUGCAAUGGCACGAACUGGCCUUGAAACAAAUUCAUCAGGAGACGUUUCAUAAGGCUUGCCUGUUGUCCUUGAUUGUAGACAUUUCAACUGGGGAGGAGGGUUGUAAAAGUGGUGAUCCUUCAGAAAAUAAACAUAGAAGGCUUGCAGAACCGUUGAAUGUUGAGAAGUGCCAAGAGAAGCUAAAAUCUUAUUAUGACACCAUCAGUAAGGUGAAAAUCGUUCCAUGGGACGAAAGCUCUUCCAUUGAGAUCAAUGAGAUCUACACACCUUUGGAUUUGGUGAGAUACCACAGGAGGCCCAGCAGAGUGACACAAAAGAAACUUAAAGACUACACCAACAUGUUCAAGAAAAGACGAAAACGAAUCCUUGUUUAUGGUCGGCCAGGAAUUGGCAAGAGUACGUUUUGUAAGAGGGCUGCAUAUGAUUGGUCGAAAGACUUACGAGAAAUCGUAAUGAACUUUUGCAUUUUGCUUCUGAUUAAGUUGAGAGAUGUGUGUGACGUGGGAAACAUCCGCGAUGUUUUAAUGGCGUCUAAAUUGCUUGCCAGUGACGGUCCGAUCUCCGUUGAUAGUCUCUAUGACUACAUAGUUAACAAUCAAGAUAAAGUGCUUCUUAUUUUGGAUGGCUACGAUGAGUACAGCUUUGCAGAAGAACGCUCACCCAUCCUUGCAAUUUGGAAGGGUGAGCAACUAAGAGAUUGUCCUAUUAUUGUCACCACGCGUCAACUUCAAUGUGACGAGUUAAGAGGCCCGAGCCAUGUUCAGUUAGAAAUUCAAGGAUUCAAAAGCUGGAAACAAAAAGAAACCUUUGCAAGAAAACUUUUGGCAGGUGAAGAACAUCCUGACGAGUUUAUGUCCUACCUGUAUGAAAACAAUCUCGGUGGCAUGGCAGAAAUACCUCUCCUCCUACUGAUGCUGUGUAUUUUGUGGAAAGAGAAACAUCACGUAGGACUGCCAAAAUCACGGGCUGACAUAUUCACACAAUUCAUUCAAACUAUGCUGGAUCACAAAGGUGGAAGUCGCCAGCCUAGGCCAUUUCAGAAAGUGACCUCAACAGAAGCUAAAGAAGACCUUAGUAAUCUUGGAAAGGCUGCCUUUGAAGCACUUCUGCAAGACCGUCUUUACGUACGCUGCAGCGAACUCCCCGACAAUAUUUCAAGAAGUUUUCAAAAAUUAAGAGAAGUUGGGCUUUUCCAGAUUGUCAAUCUUACGAGUCUCAAUCCUGAGAAAGGGGCCUAUUUCAUUCAUAAAUCCAUGCAGGAGUUCCUUGCAGCCUGGCACAUUAAGGAGGAAGUGUUGUCGAUUAAAGGAGAAAGUACGCCUAGCCUUUCCAAAGUUGAAUCAUUCGAAAAGAUCGUGAAGAUGAGUGAAGUUCUUAAAUUUGCCUGUGAGCUGUCAACAGAAGCCGCGUGCGCAGUUUUCUGUCAUGUAGGGUCCGUUGGAAGAAAGGAAUCUUGGUCGGAAUGUGAUUUUAUUGAGCUGCACCUGGAGAAUACAGAAGUGUCUCGAAAUAAAAAAUUUGAUCUUGAGCUUAUCUCGCAUAGCUUCUUUUGUUGUUCGGCCGAGAAGAGGCCAGAUCUCCGUUCAGUGUUUCCCUAUUACACCGGAAGUGUUUUGUAUCUUGAUUCUAACGAGCUGAACAUUACUGCAAAUGAACAUUUCCUUAAAUCUGGCACAAUACCUGACUUUAUCUUUUUUCUUCCCUUCAUGGGUUCUUCAGAGAAAAGCUAUCGAGACUUGAUCACUGUAGCGGAGGACACAAAUGCUGUAUUUUUGAGCUGUUCGGGCGAAAAGAAAGCUGCAGAUUUACUGAAGAAGUUCCCGUGUCGUCCUGUGGGCGAGUUCUUUUUGAAGAGAGAGACGAAAAUCGUCGUUUAUGUUUAUCAAAUACGCAAAGAUAUAUAUGGUAGCACUUUUCCGACUGAAAUGCUGCGAGAGCUCAUUUCGCCAACAGCAGAGUCUACUCAGGUGACGCGUCUUGUUGAUCCGUUGAAUGAACACGACAGCGAAACAGCUUCGAGUUUGACUCAGAACACCGAUAGCAUCACUGGUCCGACUCCUCAGAGCCUUUCCUUUGUGAAGCGGAUUAGUAUUGAGGGCAUAGAAAGGCAAGAGAUAAAGAUGCUGGCUGAUUUCUUAACACUUUUCACUGCUCUCCGAUGGUUAGGUAUUUUUGGUAAACCCUCUGAAGUCAUUGAUGCUCAGUUGACAGAGACCCUGGUGUCUCGUAUCAUCUUCACUGACAGAUUUCACACAUUAGUACUUACUAAUAUCAAUUUAACAGCCAAACAUGUCGUAGCCAUCGCCAGAUCUCUGCACCAGGCUCCUAGCCUGCGACACCUCAACUUGUCAGAGAACCCUCUUGGUGAAGGAGUAAGUGUUCUUACUCAACAUCUCAGCCGUGUUCCUCACCUGGAGAGGCUGUGGCUUUCUAAAGUUAAAAUGACAAAGCAGCAAGUGAAUGAGUUGAGUGCAACUGUACGUCAGAGUAACAUCUACUGGUUGAAAACAGAAUACCACGAUGAGGAAGGGAAUGUCAAACCUGAAGAAGAAUGGCCAACAGAUGAAAACUGGGAAGAUCAUUGGAGCGAAUCAGAAGAAGAGUCAGAUCCUGGGUCAGUUACCGACUCCAGUGACGAGGAAGAGCCUGGAUCCUGCCUGGAAACGUAACUGACCAGGACUGGCUCAGUAGACCACCUGAAACUAAGGAAACUUACCAUUGGCCAGAGCAGUCCAUCCAUUGAUAGAAUUCUUUCAGAUCUGUUCAGUUAGAGAAGUCAAUACCUUAAAGUUGUAUCCAUCGUUUUGAACAAAAUUUGAAAACAAGUUUAGGAAACCUGAUUAAAUAAAGGACAUUUCAAGAUGAUUGGUUGGUCUUGUAGGUUUCUGAUCAAUGGUAAGAGACUUCAGUGUUGUGAUCAAACGUACAAACAAUCAGUGGUCGGAUAAAAGAUAAGGAAAUAUAUGUUUAGAAUCACUUAGCUAAGGUAAACGGAUACCUUCACUAAUGUGGGAACUCCCUUCCACAACAUUAUUGAGAACAUGUGGGAGUUUUCUUUGGAGUCAGAGUGUCCUGUCCUUGAAAUUGAUUGUUGGAUUUGGAUAUAUUUUGAUUUUAGGUUAUUUUUCGUUGUCCAAUAUUGUUGAUUGUAGUUUUGACUGACAGCUUUGAGUUUCAAAAUCUGGUUUUCAUGUUGGUGAGUUAGAGACUGAGGUAUUUUUUGUCAUUUUUUUUAGUUUAUUAGGCUUGGUUAUUAGCUUCCUAGGCAAUCAAUUAAUUCAUUAGGCUGACUGUCAUUUCUUUUGAUACAAAUGUAAGAAGUCCUCAAGCAGCAGUUAUUCAUAAAAUCGUAGAUGUUUUAAUGUGGCAAAGGGCAAAACUUCAACUAUACAUUGAAGUCUUCACUAAAAGCAAAAAAACAAUGUGAAUAUCAAUUUCAUGAUUUAGGAUCAAUAUUUUUCUUAUUUUCAUGGCAUUCAACAUACGCUGUGAAUGAAUUUAGCUGUUUG